AUGAAGCACUAUAGCAAAAGCCCGAAAGACGUACUCUAUAUACCGAUUGGUGUCCCUAUACCACAACGCCAACCACGCAAGCGACUGCCCGUAGACUUCGAACUCGACGUCACCGUCGCGGACGGCCCUGUUUCAGUAACGGUAGUAGGUGGAGCUUUGGUUACAGUCGUCGGUCCAUUGGCCGAUGUGGGGAUCCUUGAAGAAGUCGCCGUGGAAGAAGAGGAAGCCACGGCGGAAGGAGAAGGGGUUGAGGAGGAUGAGGAUGUCGUCGAAGAAGAGGAAGUCGUCGUUGAAGAGGAAACCGCGGCGGAAGGAGAGGGAGUUGCUGAGGAGGAAGAGGAAGUCGUCGAAGAAGAAGAAGAAGCCGCCGCCGAAGGAGAGGGAGUUGUUGAGGAGGAAGAGGAAGUCGUCGAAGAAGAAGAAGCCGCCGCCGAAGGAGAGGGAGUUGUUGAGGAGGAAGAGGAGGUCGUCGAAGAAGAAGAGGAAGCCGCCGCCGAAGGAGAGGGAGUUGCUGAGGAGGAAGAGGAAGUCGUCGAAGAAGAAGAAGCCGCCGCCGAAGGAGAGGGAGUUGUUGAGGAGGAAAAAGACGCUGUAGAAGACGAUGGCAGCGACCCAGUAUCAGAAAUACAAUUGCCAACGCAGAAAGGGCUCUGCACGUAA